AUGGAGACGCCUGGCCAGAUCUUUGCCCAGGACGACAAAUUCUGGGACAACUACUCAAGAGGCCGACCUCAAGUCCCAGACUCCUUCUGGGAUCGUGUUUUUGACUACCACCAGAUCAAAGGCGGCGUUUUCGGCACCGUCCACGAUGUUGGCGCUGGCAACGGGCCCUACGCCCAGCGACUACGCUCUCGCUUCGCCAACGUCAUAGUAUCGGACAUUGUGGCCGAGAAUGUUACUCUAGCGCGCGACCGACUCAAGGGCCAGGAGGGAUUCAGCUUCCGCACCGCUGCGCUGGAGGAAGCCGACGACAUCCCAGAAGGCAGCGUGGACAUGAUUUUCGCCACAAAUGUAAUGCAUUUUGCAGAGCCACAGAGAGAGGCUAUGGCAAUCAUUGCGCGCCAGCUGCGUUCCGGUGGCACAUUUGCGGCAUCACUCUUUGGUCCAGCACGUUUUUAUGAUGCAAGGCUGCAGAAUCUGUGGGAACGACUUAGUCAUCAAGGUGGUAGGGAGUUGCUCAAAGUGUCUGAUAAUCCAGACCAGAUCAUCAAGGUCAUGGCGCGCACACAAGAUCUCUACAAUGUCGCCCCCCUUGAUCGAGCGCUCUUUGGCGACAACAUCCGGAUACAUGUAAACAUGGAGCACGGAGGCAUUCAAGGCAUGUUGCCCCCGGAAUUUGCACACAAAAACACUGAACCGGACUACAGCGUGGGUGACAAUGAGAUAAAUGAACAUAUGAAUGGAUGGGCAUUCAAGACGGACUUGGCAGGUGUCAAAGAACACUUUGGAUCAUUCCCGUUUAUUUCACGGUUUCCUGGCGCUUUCACGGACCUGUACAAGGAGUUGGACGAGCUGCUCGCUGACGGGAAGACUGUUGAAGGCUAUUUCCCCGUCACGAUAAUUUUGGCGACAAGAAAGUAG